UUCUAACCACUGACGUGCACCUCUCCUGUCAUGUGUUCGAUUCGAUGUGUCAAAUCACAAAUUCACACACGUUGACAAACAAUUCCACAUUAUCCACAAAAAAUGUAUGGAACAAAGUGAGUUAAAAAGUGACCAUAUUUGCAAAAGCCACAAGCGCACCAUAACAAAUAAAAAUGCAGAAAACGAACAAAUUCCUUUUAGAAGCCGCCGUCAUCUUCGUCGCCUAUUUCUAUUUUGGAAUCCUCCAAGAAAAAAUCACCAAGAGCAAAUAUUCGUACGAAACGACUGACGAUAAAGGCGAGACAGUUUUCCAAACUGAAAAGUACACCUACUUUUUAUCGCUAGUAUUUAUUUUGUGUGCUGUCAACUAUGUAGCCGCUAUUAUAGUGUUAAAAAUAUGGCCUCAAGACGAAGAUAAAACUCCGAGGACGUACUAUGUCAGUAUUGCUAUCACCUACCUGCUGGCGAUGGUGUGUUCAAACAUGGCCCUACAGUGGGUGCCUUACCCGACGCAGGUUGUUGGCAAAUCCGCCAAACCCAUACCAGUGAUGAUCCUAGGAGUCCUACUAGGAAAAAAAUCAUAUCCUUUUAAAAAGUACAUUUUUGUUCUUCUAAUCGUGAUAGGAGUUGUCUUGUUUAUGUUUAAAGACAAAGCAAAGUCUUCACAGCAGGACAUCGGGUUUGGUUUAGGCGAGCUCUUGUUGAUUUUGUCUCUGACAAUGGACGGGUUAACUGGAGGGGUGCAGGAAAGAAUAAGAACCGAAGCUCGACCCUCCGGCCAACAAAUGAUGAAAGCGUCAAACGGUUGGUCCACUCUAUUCUUAGGAAUCGCCAUCGUUGUGACGGGCGAGGGUUUAAAGUUUUUCGAAUUCGCGCACAGGCAUCCAAUAAUAAUUAACAAUUUGUUAGUUUUGGGAUUGACUCAGGCUGUAGGACAAAUGUUUCUGUACAGUAUGGUUUCAGAUUUUGGCCCUCUGGUUGUUUCAGUCGUGACGACAACGAGAAAAUUCUUUACUGUCCUAGGUUCGGUGAUUAUUUUCGGGAACGCUCUAAGUCUUCGUCAGUGGUUAGGCGCAGUGCUCGUUUUUAGCGGGCUCUUCCUCGACGCGUUUUUCUCUAAAGGGACUGCCAAGAAGUCUGGUAACAAGUCCUAAGUCUGUAUAUUUUGUUGAGAUUGUUUUAUAUAUCAUAUAUUUUAUUAUAUGUAUUUAUGGCGUG